UAUUUAGGCAACAUUGGGGGUCAGGCGCGAAGAAGCCCUUAGCGCAACAGCAGCUGCCUGGCGUAGCUAUGUGAACAUUUCAGCCAAUAGAUGGACCCCCUGGUCAUCUCAGUAGAAGGGAAAGAGAGCGGCCAAGAGAGGAGGGAAGGGGGCGCAGGAGGCAGGUUUUCAUGAUACAAUUCACAAGUUGUGGCGAAGCGUCAAGAAGACCUUCCUCGCGAUUCCGCCCAGGCUGAACCUGGCGGAGCGCCGCCUGCCGGCCUGAGCCUCCCCCUCGGGCUCCUCCCCGCGCCGGCCCGCCCCGCCCUCCUUGGCCCGCUCCCUUGGCCGUAUUAUGUCAUCUGGAAGCCGCUCGCUCGGCCAGGCGGGAGCGUAGUGUGUGCACAUUGUGCGGAGAGGAGCGGAGGGCGCGCACAAGGCUCGCGGUGCCGUGGCAGCAAACAGUCGCCUCCCCCUCUUCGGAACCGGCGGCAAGGCAGACUGGCUCUCCGGGAAAGGGAGAGGUUCGGGUCUCCGGGCUUUCAUCGCUUCAUGAUCUGCUGCGAUCCCGUGCCUUGCUGCUCUCUCGCGUCCACCGCCGCCGCCGCCCCCCAGUGGCUCAGUCUCCGCGGAUCCGGCUGUCCUCCAGGAUCUCCUUCUCCGGGGCCAGGCGGAUGCCGCCGCAGCAAGAGGGAGAGACGGGCUACAUUAGCAAACCGCUGCCGGGCGGCUGCGAAGUACCCCCGGUGCCUCCGCGCCGGGUCCGCAGCAGCCGGGCGGCGGCGUUGGGGGCGGCUCUGGGAAGCCGCUGCCGGGCCGGAGCUGGUGGUGGCGCUGGAGGAGCUGGAUUUGAACUCCGGCGCAGCAUCAAGUGUGUCCUGGUGGGAGACGGCGCGGUGGGCAAGACCAGCUUGGUCGUGAGUUACACCACCAAUGGCUACCCCACGGAGUACAUCCCCACUGCCUUCGACAAUUUUUCAGCUGUUGUGUCAGUAGAUGGUCGACCAGUUAGACUCCAGCUCUGUGACACGGCUGGCCAGGAUGAAUUUGACAAGCUCCGGCCACUGUGUUACACCAACACAGACAUCUUUUUGCUGUGCUUCAGUGUUGUGAGCCCUUCCUCUUUCCAGAAUGUGAGUGAAAAGUGGGUUCCUGAAAUCCGAUGCCACUGUCCCAGAGCACCAAUUAUUCUUGUUGGGACACAAUCAGAUCUCCGGGAGGAUGUCAAGGUCCUCAUUGAGUUAGACAAAUGCAAGGAAAAGCCAGUCGCAGAGGAGGCUGCAAGGCUCUGUGCCGAGGAAGUAAAAGCCGCCUCUUACAUCGAGUGCUCUGCUUUGACUCAGAAAAAUCUCAAAGAAGUCUUUGAUGCAGCCAUUGUUGCUGGCAUUCAGUACUCGGAUACCCAGCAACAGCCAAAGAAAUCGAAAAGCAGGACUCCGGACAAAAUGAAAAACCUCUCCAAGUCCUGGUGGAAAAAGUACUGCUGUUUUGUAUAGUGCACUUGCAAAUCUUCAACAACAGCAGCCUGAUGCCAAGAGCAAUUAGAAGCUAUAUUAGCUCAAAAUCUCUGUAUCUCGGGAGUGCACAGAAUGAGUGACGUGCAGGUAUAUGUUGCUAAUGGUCUUCAUUGGAAGAAGAGAUGAAGAAAUGUGAGAGAGCUGGUUACUGGAUGUCAGGCUGAGGGCUCUUGCCACUGGUGAUAAAAGUUCCUUUGUGCUUACCCAUUCAGCAAAGUACAGCAUACCACCCAUUUGACACCAUGAAAGCUGUACUGAGGACUUGACUGAUCACAGAAAUGAGAGGAGCCUGAACAGGAGGCCUUUACUAAGCUGGCGACUUGGAAGCAGCACAGUGUGGCAGGAAUAUAGAUGGAUACUUUUUUUAAAAAAUGUGUGCCUCUUACAACAUUUAGCUUUAAAAGCUGCUUCUCCCCUGAUUACCCUUCUCAGUCUUUUGGUCUUCAGAUGCAUUCUGGAAACAUCUAUAGAACUGAUGAAUUGACAGAAUCUGUGCUCAAAUCCAAAAUGAUGUGCCUACUUCAAGCACAGUCUAAGGGUGUCUAGCAUGCUAAACUGCUUGCAUAUGUAGUUUUGUUUGUAGGCCCCUGACUUGCAGAUCUCUUUCACAGGGUGUAAAGUGCACACCUGGAGAAUUAUUUUUAAACUGUGAUAUUUUGAAUAGAAGCAGGCUCCUUUCUUUGUAGGAACCCCACAAAGGAUAAUAAAUUCUUUGGGUUUUUUAAGGAGUUGCACAAAAUAUCUGUGAAAUACCACAUAAAAUGCAUGAGUUCUUUGGACUGAGGCCAUAUGCUCAUUAUUUUUAUAUAUCAUUUUUAUUAUCACAUUAUCACUUAAAGGUGCCAUACAAUGACACAUCUUGGAGGCCUCUAUUGUCAUUACAUUUUCAUCCUACCUUUCCUCCAAGGUGCUCAGGGUAGCAUACCUCCUCCAUUUAAUUUCCACAACUUUGUAAGAUUGGUUAGGCUGACAGACAGUUUCUGUCCCAAUGGGUGUCAUGGCAGAGUGGGGAUUGGAACUCAAAUUUUUGCAGACUGAGUAGCCUUAUCACAGGAAUUCAGUACUUAUUUUUCUAGAUCAGAGGUCUCGAGCCUUUUUGAGCCUGCAGUACAUGUUUGGAGUUCUGACACAGAGUGGUGGGUGCAGCAAUAAAAGGCAUCCACAGAAUGACUGCUGCAGGAGGCAGAACCAGUCACAAAAUGAUUGCCGUAGCUUAAUUUCAGUAACGCUGUGCCGAUUCUUGGGCUGUUCUUCUUUUUAAAAAUCUGCACAGUUAAUCAGAGGCCUUUCUGGGGAAAAGCCCUACCUGCUUCCACCCACCAGAAAAAAGUAUCAGUGGGUGCCACAUUGGGGACCCUUGAUCUAGAUUCAAGUCUAGUAGUACCGUAGAGAACAAUAGAAGUUUUGGGAUAAGAGCUUUUGAGAGUCAAGCAUAUACUUUAAAAAGUCUUGGUCAUCUGUAAGGUGCUAUUGGACUUGAAUCCAGCUGUUCUUCUCCAGACCAACAUGGCAACCCUCUGAAACUAAUACUUGUUCAUGUAAAGCAAAUUAGGAUGUAAUAAGAUUAUGACUUCAUGACUCUAAUCUAAAACUUGGAAAUCAAACCAUUUAAGCCAAUAUAACUUUCUUCUAAGUAAAUGUGUAUAGUAUCUGAGUAGGUAAUUACAUGGUUAUAUGAACUGGCCUUGAUUAAAACAUACCACUUUUUUUGCCAGGUGUCACAUAGUGGUUGAAAGACUGUGGGAAAAUGCAGCUUUUUGAACAAAAUAAACAUUGACACACAACACAUUUUGGUGACUGAAUCCCUUCUGAAGCUAUUAAGGAAACCCAAUAAAAUGUAGCAAAUUUCAUUAACUAGAUUAACAACAUUGAGGACACAGGUAGGCCAUCUUGGGCUAGUUCUGCAACAUAUUUAGCAACUUAAAAUUAAGCAAAGUGAAUUUGCAAUGUUUUACGUUUGUGGCAUGAAUCUGUGGACAUUGCAGAGUGGAGCUUUCCCGUACUCACUUCUCUUAUAAUCCAUUGAUUCUCUCCCCUCCCUCAAAAUUUUGUUCCUGGAAGCCAGUGAACUCUGAGUAAGAGCUUGGGGCAAAAUUGGAGGCUCAAGGGAUGAGAGAGUUGGUAGAAAUCCCUUCUUGUGCAACCAGAAAUGCCUUCCAUCAGAGGAAUGGCAUGGCUGCAUGAAUACCACUGGCUCUUUUUUUCCUGUUGUCAGGAGAGGACUGGAAAGGCUGAUCUGGUGGAAAGGUGGCAUUAAAAUGUUUUCAAUAAAUAAAUAAAAUACCAUGGGGAAUUUCUCAAAUACAAAUGAAUAGAAUCCAGGUAAACGUUCUCAUGCAGGUUCAGUUUAUUUCCUUGGCUCUUGUCUGUGGGAUGUCCCUGUGGAAUGUGGGGCUUUGGCACAGCCUAACACCCCCACCCCUGUCCUCUGAUUGCCUAGUGGCUUAAUGGAUUUUUGGAAUUUGAAAUAUUUUUUCCACUCCCAGGAAGAUGCUUUUAAAAAUUGAUAACUAAAAAUGUGAUGAUGGAUCUUGAAUCCUCCUUUUUCCCAGCCUUAGUAGGAUAUGCUUCCUUUGUUAAUGUUGGUAGUACCUUUAAAUUGGCACUGCCUCCCCCUAUUUAUUCAAUUGAAGUAUUGCAUUAUAUGUUUAACACACACAAUAAAUGUAAACCAUGGACAGAUAAAUGUAAAGAAUAACCAACAGAGCACACAGUUCCUUUCUGGUGAAAAUGAUGAGAGAGAAUGAAUAGGCUUCAACGUUUAUAAAGUUCAUAGUGUAAUUUAAACAGUGAAUCAUUUCUGCUAUGCUUGAGAUGCGUUACAGUUAUCACUUCUUAUAACAAAGGCCAUAUAGGCAGUGGUGGGAUUCAAAUAAUUUAACAACUGGUUAUUUACAAGCAUAAUUUUAACAACCGGUUCUGCGGAAGUGGUGUGAACCUGCUGAAUCCCACCACUGCAUAUCUGCCAUAAAGAGGAAAAUGAAAUGCCAAAAACAGGAGUAAAGGUUAUAAAGGAAAGGCAGAGGUCAACACAAACUCACAAUUCAAUGUACUCUAAUUAGUCUGUCCAUACUUGUUUCUAAUCUGUUUUUAGAACCUGUUUCUAGAUUGCGUUAUACGCUUGUUAUCAUGCCAAUGUGUAAUUUCCUUCAGAGAUGCCAAGUUUAAUAUUAUUAAAUGAAGCUUCAACCUUUGGAGGUGUUCUCCUUCUCCAUCGUACUUAAACGAGUCUUUGCUAUUACUAAGGCUAAUGAAGAAAAGCAGUUUGGGUAGAACUCCAUUUGAAAUCCUUGGUUAUAUAUUCUUGAAGUCUCAUAAAGCAAUUUACUUUUAGCAGGUAUCUCAAAUAGAUAUUGACUAAAUUGAACAAUAAGAGUUUUCUGAACAGAGCUGGGUCAUAUCGAAGCUUGUGACUAACAAAUACCUUUUCUUAAGGAUCUUGUUAGUUAGAAAGGCUUGGUAAAGUCAGUUGAAUGCUCUUCCUGACCUCUUUAGAGAAGAUAUAUAAAUAAAUCUAGGAAUGUAUAGGACUGAGGUGCCAUGAGCUACAUAUAUACUUCUGAAAGCUUCACAAUGCAAUGGAAACCUUUAUUGGAGUGAAACUAACCUAACUCAAUAAAAAUGUGUUGGCUCCUACACUGCAGCAGCCUGGAAAAAUCAGUUACCACUGCAUGCAAAACUGUACAUAUGGUAAGUAGAUUGAAUUUAAUCGAUAAUAUAUGUAUCUGGGUUAAGCAUCUGGGCUUCUGGAUUCCUACAUACUGUGAUUUGGUGUUUUGGAUGUAUGGAUACCAAUUUGAAUGUAAAGGCCAAGAGCCCAUCACACCCCAUCUCUUCCUUGCUUCUCUGCAAAAUGGGAAUAAAAGAUGGAGCUAGGUUUGAUAAAGAGUUGAAAAGGAACACAAUACCUCCUCGCUAGGGAAUCUAGAUAUUCCCUGUUCAUUAUUAAUGUUUGGAAACACACAAAGCUGAAACUGAAGGACACAUUCCAUAAAAAAGCAAUGUGUUUCAUAGGACUUGGAGAAACAGAAACGUUUUAACUUGAAAUAAGCCAAUUAUUUAGGUAUUUACAAAUUAAAUGAAUUUGCAGUGCCAUCCUAAACAGUUAUAUCCUUCUAAACCUACUGACUUCAAUGGCCGUAGCUUUGUUUAGAGUUACACUGUUAAUACUAUUUGCAGAUUCUAGUAAACUGGAGGCUACACAAUGUCAAUCUAAAUUGAAAAGGAAUGUCCCUUUAAAAAAUCACAAGUAACUUGCAAGCUUAACUUCAAGUUGUCUCCUGUAGCCUGUAAUUCAUUGUGCUUUGUGUAAAUUCUUUUUAUUUGUUUUCAAAGUGUAGGCUGUUUUUUUAAAAGGAAGUUCUAUGUAAGAAUGACAUUAGCUUGACAGUUUUUUUAAACUGGCUGUAUGUUUGGUUUGCCUGUUUUACCAAUGUCCUGGUAGAAGGCAAGUGAUUUCUGCUUAUAUAACACUCUGCCAGCAUGAGACUACUCGCAUAUCCUCAGGCGAGCAUUUCAUGGGCUGAUGUCAAUUUCAUUGUUGGUACUUAAAUUGCACACUGCAUUUCACUUCUUCUAAAAAUCCUAAAAUAGGCUGGGGCAGAGUAACACUGCAGCUCUUCCUGUAGCAAAAUGGAAAAAAAAAUCUUUCUUAUGAACUAGUAUCUGGGAAACAACCCACUUCCAAACUAGUUAUUUGUCCCCUUACCCCAGUGCUGGUGUGGUCUAUUUGAUGGAACACUGAUGUAGCCCAGGAAGACUGGCAUUGAAAAUGUUAGCCCUAAAUUGAUGUAGAUUGUGAGUUAUCUGUUUUCUAACAGUUCCAGUUGCCUGAUUGUAAAAUGGGUAUACUAAUAUCUAUUUUACAAAAUUGUGAAGAUGAACAUGACCAGAUUGUAAAGCAUUUUGUGAUCUUCACUGCACUGUGCAUAAAUGAUCAGAAAUAUUCAAAAUAUAUAAUCCCUUGGUUUAAAAAAGCACUUCCUUUUUUAAAAGAAAAUUUUGCACCUCAGGAUCUCAUGAGACCCAUGCUUUGAAAAAAUAGACCAGCAAUUAAAUUAGGGUUGUAGUCUGUUUGGGUAAAAGAUAGUAUUUCAACAUGUUUUUAAAAACUUUUCCUAAGAAGAACUGUGAUUAAUUGGUGUCUGACUGGGAAAAGUGAUCUCCUCUAGAAUAUUCUUAAUAAAAAAAAAUCUUAAA